AUUUGCAUCAAGACGAGUUUGUUUUGAUAAAGCUGAAGUGUCAUUGCAAAAAGAAGCUGAAAAAAAAUUGUGUAAAUGUUUCGGCUUGAAAAUUUUUUCAUUCUUUUUACAAGGAAGUUAACCCAGAAUUGAGGGUACUGGGUACGUGAGAGAGUUACGAUAAUGUAGGUUCGUAGGAACAGAAGCAACGUGAAUUCAUAUAAAUAAGGGACAAAGGCUACGAAGCAGGUGGUGAUACAAGGAGAGAGGAAGAUGCAAUAGCAAGAGAGAAGAAAGACAAAGCAGCAGCAGCAGGAGAGAGAGAGAGAGAGAGAGAGAGGCUUGGGGAGUUGCCACAAUGACGUUUGCAGACAGUUUUAGCACCUAUUCGUGUGAGCAGGAUAUAGAACAGAUAUCUCUAGAUGGAAGCCAAUACAGCCUUACAACCGGGGUUCUACCCGCGCUUGGAGCGAAGAAUAAUCGCAGAGCUAAGCUUCGUUGGUUCAUUAUUUCGCCUUAUGAUCGUCGCUACAGAAUUUGGGAAACUUUUCUAGUUAUUCUGGUUAUCUACACUGCUUGGGCAUCUCCAUUUGAAUUUGGGUUCAUUGAGAAACCAACAGGAGUUCUUGCCAUCAUUGAUAACAGCGUUAAUGCAAUCUUUGCCGUAGAUAUCAUCUUGACCUUUUUUGUUGCCUACCUUGACAAAAAUACUUAUCUCCUCAUUGACAACCCAAAGCUGAUUGCUUGGAAGUACACUCGUACAUGGCUAGCCUUUGAUGUCAUAUCCACAAUCCCAUCUGAACUUGAAUGGAAGGUAUUGCCCACUUCUCUCCAGUUUAAUGGCUUCUUCAACAUGCUUCGUCUAUGGCGUCUUCGAAGAGUGAGUUUACUCUUUUCCAGAUUGGAAAAGGAUAGGAAAUUCAAUUACUUUUGGGUUAGAUGCAUGAAGCUUAUCUGUGUGACUCUCUUUGCAGUUCAUUGUGCUGGAUGUUUCUUUUACCUUAUUGCUGCAAGGUACCGUGACCCGAGCAAGACAUGGAUUGGAUCAGUUAUGGGUAACUUUCAUGACACAAGUGUGAGAGUUCGGUAUGUGACCUCAGUGUACUGGUCUAUCACUACACUAUCAACUGUUGGUUAUGGGGACCUGCAUGCUGUGAAUACAAGGGAAAUGAUUUUUGAUGCCUGCUACAUGCUCUUCAACAUUGGAUUGACAUCAUACAUUAUUGGAAAUAUGACCAAUUUGGUUGUCCAUGGGACUAGUCGAACUAGACAAUUUAGGGAUGCAAUUCAAGCAGCAACAUGUUUUGCACAGCGGCACCAACUCCCAGUUCGCCUGCAAGAUCAAAUGCUUGCACACUUAUGUUUGAAGUACAGAACUGAUUCAGAGGGUCUGCAACAGCAAGAGACACUUGAAUCUAUGCCUAAAGCCAUUCGAUCAAGUAUAUCACAUUUUCUCUUCUACUCCCUUAUUGAUAAGGUUUAUUUGUUCCGUGGGGUAUCAAAUGACUUGCUUUUCCAGCUGGUCUCAGAAAUGAAAGCUGAAUAUUUCCCCCCAAAAGAAGACGUGAUCUUGCAGAAUGAAGCACCCACAGACUUCUAUGUGCUGGUUACUGGUGCUGUGGAUCUUGUGGUACUGAAGAAUGGAGUAGAACAGGUUGUUGGAGAAGCAAAGUCUGGAGAUAUCUGUGGUGAGAUUGGGGUACUUUGUUACAGGCCUCAACUGUUCACUGUCCGAACCAAACGAUUGAGUCAGCUGUUGAGGAUGAACCGUACUACAUUUUUGAAUAUUGUUCAGGCCAAUGUUGGAGAUGGGACUAUAAUAAUAAACAAUCUCCUACAGCAUUUGAAAGAGCUGAAGGACCCAUUGAUGCAAGGGGUUUUAACAGAAACAGAGAAUAUGCUAGCUCGGGGUAGAAUGGACCUUCCACUUACCCUCUGCUUUGCAGCAUUUAGGGGAGAUGAUCUAUUGUUGAAUCAAUUACUAAGAAGGGGUUUGGAUCCAAAUGAAUUGGACAACAGUGGGCGCAGUGCUCUGCACAUAGCAGCAUCAAAAGGAAAUAAGAAUUGUGUGCUUCUUCUACUAGACCAUGGGGCAGACCCUAACAGUAGAGUUUCAAGGCAAAUAUGCAAUCCAAGUGGACAUAUAGCUUCAGAGGUUGCAACAUCUACUCGACCAUCUCAGUUCUUCACAGGAAGAGUUACCAUUAAGUUGCCAGCUUCAGAGUUGAUGAUGCAAGACAAGCAGAGGUGA